AUGGCACACCUUACACAGCUUGCUACAAUUUGGGCGACUGCUUCACUCAUCAGUGCUCGUGCGACUUAUUUCGGCGCACAGAUUCGUUACAAGCAGCCCGGUAAGCAGGGUGUCUGCGAGACGACUGAAGGCGUCGACGACUAUGCCGGAUACAUUAGCUUGAAUGAGAAGACGAACGUGUUCUUCUGGUUCUUUGAAGCCCGCGAGAAUCCCCAAGAGAAGCCGGUCACGCUCUGGUUGAAUGAAGGGCCCGGAAGUGACAGCCUAAUCGGCCUUUUUCAGAAACAUGGACCCUGCAAUGUCACCGAGGAUCUCAAGACCAAAUUGAACCCUUACUCCUGGAACGAGCACAGCAAUAUGCUCUACCUGAGUCAGCCUGUUGGUGUAGGCUUCUCCUACGAGACCACAGAAGCAGACGACAAGGACAGAUACUCGCUCGUUGAUUUUGACACAGCAAACACCACCGAAGCUGCCGCUGUUGGUGCAUGGCACACUCUGCAAGAAUUUAUGGAGCUCUCCCCUCAGCUUGACGCAGACAUCAGGAAUUUGACCUUCAACUUGUGGACCGAGAGCUACGGGGGCCACUACGGACCGGGCUUCUACAACUAUUUCUACAAGCAAAACGAGGCCAUUCGCAAUGGCUCAAUUAAGGGUGUGGAACUGCACAUGGACAUUCUUGGCUUCAUUAACGGAAUCAUCAAUGGGCAGAUUCAAGGACCAUACUACCCUGAAUUCGCUGUCAAUAACACCUAUGGUAUCAACGCGUAUAACGACACAGUUUAUAUUUUCGCGAAACAAGCAUUCUACUUCCCUGGAGGCUGCAACGACCAGAUCGAGUACUGCAAACAAUCGAACCGCAGCACCGAAGAUGGCCAGCUCACAUGCUCUACUGCAAUGACCCUUUGUCGAUCACUCGUCGAAGAACCCUACUACAACUUUGGUGGUCGUGGUGUUUACGAUAUUCGUCAUCCCUACGACGACCCUACGCCACCUGAGUACUUUCAAGACUUCCUCAAUCUCGCCUCCACCCAGGAAGCCCUUGGCGUCAACAUCAACUAUACCUCCAGUCCAUCGCAGGUUUUCUCCGGCUUCUCCUCCACCGGUGACUUUGUCUACUCCUUCAUCGAAGACCUCUCUGAAUUUCUCGGCUACGGCGUCCGCGUCGCUCUGCUCUACAGAGAUACAGAUUACAUCUGCAACUGGUUCGGCGGCGAAGCCGUGUCCCUUGCUGUCAACCACACUGAUAAAGCCGCUUUCAACGCUACCGGCUACACGACAUUUCUUGUCGAUGGUGUAGAGUACGGUGAGGUACGCGAGUAUGGUAACUUCAGCUUCACGAGGAUCUAUGAGGCGGGGCACAAGGUGCCAUACUAUCAGCCUGUGGCUAGUCUGGAGCACUUCAAGCGUGUCUUGAAUCAUGUUAUCAUUGCUGAUGGAAGCAAGGUUGUUACGAAUGAUUACAGCACGAAUGAGACGGCGAAGGUUACGCAUACUGAGCCUUACGUUGCUUUGCCGCCUACGAGCACACCGAACGACUACGAGCAACGUACAUAA